GCGGCGGCGGCGGCGGGGUGAUGGGAGCUCAGACAACAAGCCUGUCACAGCAGCUCCACAUUCAUCUGAAGCGGAUCCCUCCCUCCUCUCUUCCAUACACUCAGUCUUUCUUAUUUCAACCUCUUCUUCACCUGCAGUUCGGAUCUGUUUCCAGCAGCAGUUUGGGUGGAAGUAAACUCUUGUACCUGCGCUCCGGAUCGCCCGGAGAAACAUGUAAACAUGUGUGAACAGCUCUGGUGAUGAAGCUCCCGCUGACCUUUGCCCUUGGAGCCUGACCUCUGAUUGGUCGGGACAGGGAGUGCCAGCCUUUUGCCAGAGAAGUCGCCCUCCAGCCGCCAUGUCUCUCCAGGAGCGGCCCGUGUCUCCGUCGCCCCUCAAACCCGAAGCCAAACCCAAACCGGAGAUCCCCCCGAAGCCCCAGCCGGCCUCCUCCCCCCUGGGGGAGAAGGGCCACGGCGGCGGGAAGGUGAAGAGGAUCGUCAACAAGUUCAGUCAAAGCGAGGCGGACGAGGCGGCGGAGAGGCCCGCCAACAAUGGCACGGCCGAAGGAAAACCAAGCAAACACUUCAAAAAGCCGCCGACGGUCAGGCCCAGGCCGGACCACGCCGGCCUCCAGCUGCAGCUCGCCGCCGAGCAGGCGCCGCCGCUCCCCAUGAAGAAGAGGAGCCUGCUGAGGAAGCAGAGCAGCGUGGCGGGAGACGAGGACGGCGGCCGGUCAGCGCCCGAUGGGAAGGAGGUGGAGUUCGAUCCGGUCGCGGGAGGCGAGGUGGAGGCGGAGCGCAGCCCCGACACGCCCCUCACCCCCUGCUGUGACCCCGGCUGCAGCUGCGUCUGCCACCUGCAGCGGCCCGGCAUGAAGCUGGUCUGGGUCCCGGUGGGCUCGGAGGACGGCGGAGAGGUGGAGGACAUCGGGAGACUGAAGGAGGAGGAGGAGGAGGAAGAGGAGGAGGAGUCCUGGGAGGAGGAGGAGGUGGAGUGGGACGGCGAGGCGGGGGACGAGGUGGACAGGACUUCAGCGGUGGAUGAGAAGGAGGCGCUGAAGCAGGAGAAGGUGAAGUUCCACCACAACCUGGACAUCCUGCUGGGCGAGGGCCACCGGCGGCGCUCCGACCCGGGCCCCCACGUCAACCUCAGCUCGCUCUCCGUCAGCCGCUCGCAGUCCCCCCCCGUCCCGCCGAAGCGCGGCCAGUCCCCGCCGGUUCGCCCCCGACCCGCCCAGCAGGCGGAGGAGAACAUCUACGAGGUCACGCUCCCCGUGGUGGAUCGGGCGAUCCCUCAGAUCAAAGUACGCAAACCGGCGCGCCGCGGAAAGCUGUCCUCCAGCACCUCCGACCCCACCUACGACUUCAACGCCAGCACGGAGUCCGUCCCGGACGCGUACGACGUCCCGCCCGCCAUCCCGCCCAGGAUGCCGGUGAUCCAGGACGGCCGCGGCCCGCCGACGCCCGCGCACCGCGCCGCCGUCCCGCCGCCGCAGCCCACCCUGGAGGAGUGGCGCUCGCUGCGGCCGUCCUCCCCCGGCAGCUCCUCCGCCGGCGGGCUGAGCCCCCAGAGGUCGGUCACGCCCACCGCCCCCGGCAGCCCCCUGGUGCCCUGCAGGCCGCCGCCGCCCCCGCCGCCGAGGAGCGACCCCCGGAGGCUGAGCAGCGCCUCGGUGCAGUCCCUCACGGCGAGGAGAGGAGAGGAGAAUGAAGGGAAUGAAGACGAGAAGGAAAACACUCUGGAAGAAAUGCAAAACUCUCUUUUGAGGGAGAAUUCGUUAAACUGGGAGUCCAGGCUGCAGGAUGAGCCUUUGUACCAGACGUACCGCGACACCGUCAUCACCAAGGAGAUCCGGCGCCAGACGGUGUGCCGUAACAUCAGCAAGACCAGCGCGGACUUCACGGCAGACUGGGCGGCCCGCCGCUCUGGAGCCGGGGGCGGAGCCGCGUCCGUGACGGGGAACGGGGGCCCCCGGGGCAGCCCCGUGCCCACGCCGGCGCAGAGCACCCUGUGGCAGGACCUCCAGAAGGUGCGGGACAGCGGCGUGCUGGAGCAGCUGACGGCCGAGCAGUGCAAGUACCAGGAGAGCAUGUUCGAGGUCCUGACCUCGGAGACGUCGUACCUGCGAUCGCUGCGGGUCCUGACCGAACACUUCAUGGACAGCCGGGAGCUGGAGGACACCAUGAUCAUCAGAGACAGGAAGACGCUCUUUUCCAACAUCCUGAGGGUCCGGGAGGUCAGCGAGAGGUUCUUGAAAGACCUGGAGGACCGCGUCUUUGAGGAACUGGUCUUCGCCGACAUCUGCGACAUCAUCCACUACCACGCCCAGCACAACUUCCCCGCCUACAUCGACUACGUCCGCAACCAGAUCUACCAGGAGAAGACGUACACCACGCUGCUGAAGAACAACGUGCAGUUCGCCGCCGUCAUCGCCCGGCUGCAGGAGUCCCCGCAGUGCCAGCGGCUGCCCUUCAUGUCCUUCCUGCUGCUGCCCUUCCAGAGGAUAACGCGCAUCAAAAUGCUGAUAGAGAACAUCCUGAAGAGGACAAAGGAAGGCACCAAAGAGGAGCAGAUGGCCUCCAAGGCGCUGGCGUCGGUGUCCAAGAUCAUCGACGAGUGCAACACCCAGGUGGGGAAGAUGAGGCAGAUGGAGGAGUUGAUCCACAUCUCUCAGACGCUGGAGUUUGACAAGCUCAAGGCCGUGCCCAUCAUCUCUCAGACCCGGUACCUGGAGAAGAAGGGGGAGCUCCAGGAGAUGUCCAAAGGCGGGACGCUCUUCAACAUGAGGGCCAAGUUCGUCCCCGUCUUCCUCUUCCUCUUCAACGACCUGCUCGUCAUCGCCGCCAAGAAGGGCGCCGAGCGCUUCGUGGUGCUGGACCACGCCCACCGCUCGCUGGUGCAGGUGCAGCCGGUGGAGGACAGCGCGACCGGCGGCAGCCCCUACGAGCACUGCUUCAACCUCACCCUGCUGGAGAACCACCAGGGCCGCAUGAUGGAGCGGCUCGUCAAGGCGCCGUCGCAGUCAGACAUGCACAGGUGGAUGGCAGCUUUCCCCGACCCCACCAACCCGGACGGACACGAAGAUGAAGUUAUCUAUGAGGACUGGGACUGUCCUCAGGUGCAGUGUGUGGAGCAGUACGUCGCGCAGCAGGCGGACGAGCUCUCCCUGGAGCCCACCGAGAUCAUCAACGUCAUCCGCAAAACCAACGAGGGCUGGUACGAAGGGAACCGGCUGUCCGACGGGCAGAAGGGCUGGUUCCCCAUCGCCAACGUGGUGGAGAUCACCAACGAGCACGUGAGGAGGAGGAACCUCCGCGAGCGCUACCGGGUCAUCCGAGCCGCCAGCCUGGUGACCAACAACAAGGCCCGGACCAUUCAGUAGGGCCCGAGGAGCACGUUCACACGCAGGGACGAUCAACAGAAACACGUCUUUAAAAAACUGAUUCAGUAAGAUCGUUCACUGUUUCGAUGCGGUUCUCGAACAAAAAAAGGGAAUAAGAGGAAACAGAAAAGGGAACUUUUUCUGGAACACUUCGACAGAGCGGCGGUCGUGGCUUUAUGUUUAUGGCCCGAGGACGUGUGAGAGGUAAAUCAUUCACCGGCGACGCUGUGAGGAACCGGUUUACAGCGACGGAGGCCGUGCACUUCACUGGCAUCUCCUCGUGGACUUCGGCGAAACUGCACGACUCGCAUGCCUUUUGUUUUACUCAUCCCCGCAGCCGGUUCCUGGAAAUGUCGAGCGCUCUGCCAGGAGAGGCCUGGGUGUUGCUGCUGUUCAUACUGUAAAUGAAAUCCUCCUCGUUCCCGCCGUGCACGACGACGUGCCAUCUGCGACUCAGAGCAGAACUCACACAACUGUACAAAUACGAACAGAAAGUGCCUUUGAUUGAACUCAGAACGAAAUACAUCUUUGGUGAGCUUGCUGUCGGCCGGUGUCGGUGAAACCCGGACCGUGGCUUCCUCUGCAGGCUGUGAAUACUGGUUACAGAAACGUGUCUGCGGAUCAUGUAAAUACAAGAGGUUGUAAAUUAUAAGAGGGUGAAUUCUCUUCUUCAAAGCUGUAGUUGUACCUUUGAUUAAAAAAAUU